GAAGUCGUGAUUCAUGGCGAUUUCGCCCUUUUGUCACGGCGAUAUAGUCUACAUCCCGUAUCUAACAAUUUAGAACCAGAACUAAAUACCUGAUUUCACUUGCAGCCAAAACAACAACAACAACCCAACUCUGAAUCAGUUUACAAAUUUUCUUCUCUGCUUCUCAAUUCUCAACCAGAAAUGAAGAGAUUGAAGAACUAUUGUAUGCACAUCCGGCACCAUCAAGCAAUGGAGCGGAAAUGGAUCUUCCCUUUAGCGAUUGGUUCCAUAGUUUCUGUGUUUUUGAUAUUCCUGACUACUCUUUCAUCUCAGGAUGGCACCUAUUUCCUACCCUUUUACCGUUCCAUUGAUUCCUUAUCUGGGUCGUCGGUUUUUGUCGAAUCCAAGCUCAAACCCAUACCAAUUUCUGACCUUCCGCCGCCACCGCGGUUUGCGUACCUCAUUUCCGGGUCAGCCGGGGAUGGGCGCAUGCUACGACGAACCCUUCUUGCCCUCUACCACCCGAGGAACCAAUACGUUGUCCACCUCGACCGGGCGGCCAGCCCUGCGGAGAGGCUCGAUCUGCAGAAUUUUGUCAAGGAUAAUCCGGUCUUUGCUCGGAUUGGGAAUGUCAGGAUGAUUGUCAAAGCCAAUCUGGUUACUUAUAAGGGACCUACCAUGGUCGCCAAUACCCUGCACGCAGCGGCAAUCUUGCUCAGGGAAGGAGGAGACUGGGACUGGUUUAUCAAUCUCAGUGCCUCUGAUUAUCCACUUGUUACUCAAGACGAUCUGCUGCAUGUGUUUUCUUAUCUGCCGCGGGAUCUAAAUUUUAUUGAUCAUACCAGCAAUAUUGGAUGGAAAGAGUUUCAAAGGGCAAAGCCAAUUAUUAUAGAUCCGGGCUUGUAUAUGGAGAAGAAGGCUGAUGUAUUUUGGGUUACACAGAGGAGAAGUGUGCCGACAGCAUUCAAACUCUUUACAGGUUCUGCUUGGAUGGCUCUUUCUCGUCCCUUCAUUGAUUAUUGUAUAUGGGGAUGGGAUAACUUGCCUCGAACAGUGCUUAUGUAUUAUGCAAACUUUAUAUCUUCCCCUGAAGGCUACUUCCAUACUGUCAUUUGCAAUGCACAAGAGUUUCGUAACACUACUGUGAACAGUGAUCUCCAUUUCAUAUCAUGGGACAACCCUCCUAAACAACAUCCUCACCACCUCAAGCUUGCUGACAUGCAACGAAUGAUUGACAGUAAUGCCCCAUUUGCAAGGAAGUUCCCUCGUGAUGAUCCAGUGCUUGACAAAAUUGAUUCCGAGCUCUUAUCUCGGAGUCCAGACAUGAUUAUUCCUGGAGGUUGGUGCAUAGGAGGUAGGGAAAAUGGGACUGAUCCAUGUUCUGUUGUUGGUGAUGCUACAAUCCUCAGGCCAGGCUCUGGAUCAAGAAGGCUGGAAACUUUGAUUAAUUCCCUUUUAUCUAGUGAGAAAUUUAGACCACGACAAUGCAAAUGAAAUGACCCUAAACAUGAGACUAUAGGCACUUCUCAUGCAGAUUGGGGUUGAUUUAUAUGAGAAGGUGGAGAUGAUAAAUCAGGUAGCCCUUGUUCUUUCUGGUAGGGGGAUAAAAGGAAUGCUGAAGUAUUCGUGAUCAGUCUGACUCACAUUAAGCAUGGAUGAGCUAAACUUUACAGAAGGAAAUAUUGAUUAUAAAAAGCUGGGAACCGCUGUAGCAUCAUGCACACUUUUGGGUAUCGUUUCCUUUUCAUUUACUGUGCUUACUAUGACCUAGCCAAUCUCAUUUAGCAAUUAGAAGCACAAUUUGGCAAGGUAAGUGGCAGAGAAAUGAAAUAUGGAAGGAAUUUUGUUGUAUGAUGCCUUGUAUUAGAACCGUAUGCCAGAAUGACAUCUUUUCUGUGUGUAAGAGUUUAGCUUCAUUAUCAGGAAGAAUGUUUCAUUCAUUUACCCCUUUUUUCUGGAUGUGCAAAGUAGAUAACUAGAUUUGCAUUUGCAAAAGAGAAUCAGAAAAUUGCGGUUUGUAAUCUUGCUUAUAUUUUAGGUGACAAUAGCACUGAUCCUCUCUGCUUAAGGAUACUCUGCUAGCCAAUAUACUAGUAUAACAAAU